AUGAUCACCGAAGAUACGGACACAUUAGACGUUCCAUCGUCUUUUCCCCUUCCUGAUAACCCUCAAUGCGCAAAAGAUACGUUAAACGUUAUACCGGCUUUUCCCCUUCCUGAUAGCCCUCAGCGCAUACAAUCCAAAAAACUUACUCCUCUUGAAAAAGCAAACAAAAUACGAAAAAAAGUGUUUUUAGAACCUGGACAUUCUGCUCUAGAUUGGGCAAGGCUGAAGAAUAGUGACGUUGAUUUGACGGGUGUUUCAGAAAUAAGAAAAUAUACGCUUGAUGAACUCAAACUUCAUAAGUCAAAAAAUGAUGCUUGGACCGCAAUAAACGGAAAAAUAUAUAAUAUGACUCCAUAUUUAAAAUUUCACCCUGGAGGCGAAAGUGAAUUAAUGCGUGCGGCUGGUAAAGAUGGAACAAAAUUAUUUAUGAACAUACAUUCAUGGGUUAAUUAUGAUUUAAUGCUAGAUAAAUGCUUCGUUGGAUUUUUAGUUGGCACAAAAACUAUGUUGACUUGA